GAAGGUGUGAGAACCAAGUCAUGUAUCUGUAAACAGUGAGUUCUGUGCAUUUACAUACUACGCUGCUCAUUUCACUGAAGAAGACAGAAAAACCCACAGCACAAACUAUACCAUGUUAUGUUCUUGUGUUUCUCAGAAAGUUGUUCCUAGUUUUAGGCAUGAAGACAAUUUGGAUUAUCCUCAUCCAGAGAAUAAUUUUCAUUUCACUCACAGGACUUGGCAUUUUAGGGAACAAUUUUAUAUUUGUAAGACAUGUGUAUGCUUUUGUGGGUCCUGAGAGAAAAAAUAUAGAUGUUAUUUUAAUCCACUUGGCUUUUGUAAACACAAUUAUUAUUUAUUGCAUUGGAAUCAGAGACUUAGCCGCAAUUUUUUAUUUUAGAAACUUCCUCGGUGAUGUAGCCUGUAAAAUUGUAAUUUAUGUAGAAAGGGUUGCCCGUGGCCUCUCCAUCUGUACUACCUGUCUCCUCAGUGUGGUUCAGGCUGUCACCAUCAGUCCCAGGACCAGCCUUUGGAGAAAGUUCAAACCACAGACUGCAUGCCAUGUUCUUGCCCUUUUUCUAUUCUUUUGGAUCCUCAAUUCCCUGAUAAGCUCCAACUUGAUUCACUACAUCAGAGCAGGUAGUAGCAUGAACAGGUCUGAGGUUGGGAUAUAUACUGCAUAUUGCUAUAUGCUGCCAUCCAGACACACAGUUAAGUGGCUUUUCCUCUCUCUCAUGGCUCUUCGUGAUGUCAUCUUUCAGGGUCUCAUGGGCUGGAGCAGUGGGUCCAUGGCUCUCCAACUGUAUAAACAUCACAUCCGGGUCCUCUACCUUCACAGCUCCAGCUCUGGAAAUAAUUCCAGGCCAGAAAUCAGAGCUACAUGGAGUGUUCUCACUCUCAUGACCUGUUUCCUUUUCUUUUAUUGGGCAGAUUUGAUUUUCUCCUUCUACACAGGGUCCACAGUGACUCAUGAUUCCACAAUACUAAAUAUUAAAGCAUUUUUAGUGCUUAGUUAUGCUGUUCUCAGUCCCUUUGUCCUGAUCAUCAGGGAUGUCUGUGUUGCUAAACCCAGCUGUGUCCCAUGA